AGACCCCAGCCUACUAAGCUCUUUCCUAUAAGUGCCCAGCUCCUUCCCUCCAAAGUCCAAAGUGAGAAGAAGAAGAAGCACUCAACAAGAGCUUUCAAGAAGCUUGUAGUUGUGUUUGCUUUGUUCAAUCUACUGAGAAACAGCAAAAAGACAUCACCAAGACUUAUUAGCAAGAAACAGUUGAGAGGCAUGGGAGUGAUGGACGAAGCAGAGCCAGUGAAGAAGACGAUGCUAAGAGUGAGGGGGUUUGACGUGGAGAGGGACCUCCGGGCUGUGGAGGAGCUGGAGCGUCUGUGCCAGGUCGGCCUGUCUGGCGACCAAGGCUCUGACCCUGUCGCCGACCUUGAUGGCGGCGCAAAGAAGACGAGGAGCAGCAAGAAGAAGAAAGGCAUGUCGCUCUACGUCGAGCAGAUCGGUGACCCGUUUGCCCGGGUGCGCCAUGCGACGGACAACGUGAUGCUGGUUGCUGAGUAUGGGGAGAAAGACGAGGUCGUCGGAGUGAUCAAGGCGUGCACCAGGAUGGUGAGCAGAGGGAAGAAGCAGCAAAGCUUCAGCGGCAGCUCAAAGCAGUUUGUCAAGGUGGCAUGCCUUCUUGGCCUCAGGGUGUCCCCCUCCCACAGGCGCCUCGGGAUCGCCACGGAGCUGGUCCGGCACGCCGAGUCGUGGUGCGCGGCGCGCGGCGCGGCGUACGCCACCAUGGCCACCACCGAGUCCAACGCCGCGUCGCUCGCGCUCUUCACCGGCCGCUUCGCGUACGCGCCGUUCCGGAGGCCGGUAUUCCUCGGUCACCCCGUGCACCGGCACCGGGUGCGCAUCCCGCGCGCGCACCGCGUGCUGCGCCUGCCCCCGCCGCUCGCCUCGGCCGCCUACGCCGCGCUGCUCCCGCCCUCGGCCGCCGAAUUCCUCCCUGCCGACCUCCCGGCCCUGCUCAACCACAAGCUCACCCUCGGCACGUACCUCGCUAUCCAGCGCGGCGGCGGCGGCGGUGGCGGCCCCGAAGACCCCGCGCGGACGCCAUCGUUCGCGCUGCUCAGCGUCUGGGACGCCACGCGCUCCCUCCGCCUCCGCGUCGGCGGCGCGCCCACGCUCCUCCGCGCGUCCCUGGCCGCGGCGCGCGCGCUCGACCGCCAUGCGCCGUGGCUUCAGGUGCCCUCCGUGCCCGACAUCUUCCGCCCGUUCGGGACCUACCUCCUCUACGGCCUCCGCAUGUCCGGACCGGAGGGACCGGCGCUCCUCCGCUCGCUCUGCCGGCACGCGCACAACGUCGCGCGCAAGAACCCCGCGUGCGCCGUCCUGGCGGCCGACCUCGGACCCGACGACCCCACCAAGGCCGUAGUGCCGCACUGGCCCAAGUUCUCGUGCGACGAGGACGUCUGGUGCAUCAAAAAGCUCGGUACUUCCACCGCCGGUGGCAAUGCUGGCAACGGCGACGAUGACUGGGCGACGUCGCCGCCGCCUAGCGUCCUGUUCGUGGACCCCCGGGAGUUCUGACGUUGGCCCAAUGCGAACAAGUUUUGAUUUUUGAAGACCUUGUAAAAAAAUAUAUACAUCAUAUACAUACAUUAUACUUGGACAUGAUGUUGCACGUCGAUACAAAAAAUUGGAUUGUCACCUGCACUUGCACCCCAAGCAUGAUUGGUUGCUUGGUUCUGAAACUCUAAACUUCUAGAGAGCAGUCGGUGAUCAUUUUCUAAGUGAACUGGUCACUAAGAUGCAUUCUAGGACCCAGAACACUUGGGGGUCUCUUGUAUAGCAAUGAACCAUAGAUGCAUUCUUGCACAGUUAAUCAAUAGAAUUUCAAAGUGAAUAAAGCUUAUAUGUUUAUAAUUUA